GUGAAGGCAGUUAUUUCCUGGCUUCUGUGCUCAUGAAUCAGAUUGUAACUAUUUCUUUGACUUUGGAGUUGUGGUUACUUGAACUAAUUUAAGGGACGCAAAAGAUGAGUCUCCUUAGGGCGUUUCCUCUUUUAAAAGUAUAUUUGGUAUUUUAUUGUAAACAGGUUUUCUCCAAGGAAACUUUUCUCUACAGCCUACAUCAUCAUCCAUUUAGGAACAAAAUCCCAUCUAUAUAUACUGAUCCCUACAUAUUUUAUUAUUUGUUACUCUUAUGUGUGUUGGUUUUUAUUUUACUUAUUUUUUUCUUUUCCUUCAAAACAUUCCCAGAGGUUCUUCUGAAUAACCCUGUUGUGACUCAGUCUUUGCUGAUUACUAGACAUUUUCCUUUAGGUUACUCUCCACCCACUUUGGGACUUGUAAAUGCCUACCCUCCUAUUGGUUCCCUGAAUACAUGAGUAAAUGCCACAUGCAUGUGGUAUGGCUUGUCAGGGAGUGGAAUUCUAAGACUUCCUCUACAUAGAACAGUUUAACUUUUGUGCUUCUGGUCAGAAGAAUGGUCCUUGGAACAGUCCUGCUUUCACCGAAUAGUUAUGGCAGGGAUCAGGACACGUCUUCACUUUGCUGCCUGUGUAGUAGUGAGGCCUCAGACACUGCUGUACCCAACUUGACAGAUCACUUUGCCAGCUGUGUGGAGGAUGGCUUUGAGGGAGACAAGACUGGAGGCAGUAGUCCAGAAGCCUUGCACCGUCCCUAUAGUUGUGAUGUUGAACCCCAGGCACUGAAUGAAGCCAUCCGGUGGAGCUCCAAGGAGAACUUACUUGGAGCUACUGAGAGCGACCCUAAUCUCUUUGUUGCACUUUAUGAUUUCGUAGCCAGUGGUGAUAACACACUCAGCAUCACUAAAGGUGAAAAGCUUCGAGUCCUUGGUUAUAACCAGAAUGGUGAGUGGAGUGAAGUUCGCUCCAAGAAUGGACAAGGUUGGGUGCCAAGCAACUACAUCACCCCAGUGAACAGCUUAGAGAAACAUUCCUGGUACCAUGGACCCGUGUCACGCAGUGCAGCAGAGUAUCUACUCAGCAGUCUAAUCAAUGGCAGUUUCCUGGUGAGAGAAAGUGAGAGCAGCCCCGGGCAGCUGUCCAUCUCGCUCAGGUACGAGGGGCGUGUAUAUCACUACAGGAUCAAUACGACCACAGAUGGCAAGGUUUACGUCACUGCGGAGAGCCGCUUUAGCACCCUGGCAGAGCUCGUGCACCAUCACUCCACGGUGGCUGAUGGGCUGGUGACAACGUUACAUUACCCAGCGCCCAAGUGUAAUAAGCCCACAGUCUAUGGUGUGUCCCCAAUCCAUGACAAAUGGGAAAUGGAACGAACGGAUAUUACCAUGAAGCACAAGCUUGGGGGUGGUCAGUACGGAGAAGUUUAUGUUGGCGUCUGGAAGAAAUACAGCCUUACGGUUGCUGUGAAGACGUUGAAGGAAGAUACCAUGGAGGUGGAAGAGUUCCUGAAAGAAGCUGCAGUGAUGAAGGAAAUCAAGCAUCCUAAUCUCGUCCAACUAUUAGGUGUGUGUACUUUGGAGCCACCAUUUUACAUCGUGACUGAGUACAUGCCGUAUGGCAACUUGCUCGAUUAUCUCCGAGAAUGCAGCCGAGAAGAGGUGACUGCAGUGGUCCUGCUGUACAUGGCCACUCAGAUCUCCUCUGCAAUGGAGUAUCUAGAGAAGAAGAAUUUCAUCCAUAGAGAUCUCGCAGCCCGUAACUGCCUCGUAGGAGAAAACCAUGUGGUGAAAGUGGCCGACUUUGGCUUAAGUAGAUUGAUGACGGGAGACACCUAUACUGCGCAUGCUGGAGCCAAAUUUCCUAUUAAAUGGACAGCACCAGAGAGUCUUGCCUACAAUACCUUCUCAAUUAAAUCUGACGUCUGGGCUUUUGGGGUACUGUUGUGGGAAAUUGCUACAUAUGGAAUGUCACCAUAUCCAGGCAUUGACCUGUCUCAGGUGUAUGAUCUACUGGAGAAAGGAUAUCGAAUGGAACAACCUGAAGGAUGCCCUCCUAAGGUUUAUGAACUUAUGAGAGCAUGCUGGAAGUGGAGCCCUGCUGACCGGCCGUCUUUUGCUGAAACACAUCAGGCUUUUGAAACCAUGUUCCAUGACUCCAGCAUUUCCGAAGAGGUAGCUGAGGAGCUUGGGAGAGCUGCCUCCUCCUCAUCUGUUGUUCCAUACCUGCCCCGACUGCCUAUACUUCCUUCCAAGACCCGGACGCUGAAGAAACAGGUGGAGAACAAGGAGAACAUCGAAGGGGCACAGGACGCCACAGAAAAUUCUGCUUCUAGUUCAGCACCAGGGUUCCUUAGAGGUGCACAGGCCCCCACUGGGUCCCCAGCACUGCCUCGAAAACAAAGAGACAAGUCACCCAGCAGCCUCUUGGAAGAUGCCAAAGAGACAUGCUUCACCAGAGACAGAAAGGGAGGCUUCUUCAGCUCCUUCAUGAAAAAGAGAAAUGCUCCCACACCCCCCAAACGCAGCAGCUCCUUCCGAGAAAUGGAGAAUCAACCCCACAAGAAAUAUGAGCUCACGGGUAACUUCUCAUCUGUUGCUUCUCUGCAGCAUGCUGAUGGGUUCUCUUUCACUCCUGCCCAGCAAGAGGCGAAUCUGGUGCCACCCAAGUGCUAUGGGGGGAGCUUUGCGCAGAGGAACCUCUGUAAUGACGAUGGCGGUGGGGGCGGGGGCAGUGGCACCGCUGGGGGCGGGUGGUCUGGCAUCACAGGCUUCUUUACACCACGCUUAAUCAAAAAGACACUGGGCUUACGAGCGGGGAAACCCACAGCCAUUGAUGACACUUCCAAGCCUUUUCCAAGGUCAAACUCUACAUCUUCCAUGUCCUCAGGGCUUCCAGAGCAGGAUAGGAUGGCAAUGACCCUUCCCAGGAACUGCCAGAGGUCCAAACUCCAGCUGGAAAGGACAGUGUCCACCUCUUCUCAGCCAGAAGAGAAUGUGGACAGGGCCAAUGACAUGCUUCCAAAAAAAUCAGAGGAAGGUGCUGCUCCAAGCAGGGAGAGACCAAAAGCCAAACUUUUGCCCAGAGGAGCCGCGGCUCUUCCUCUCAGAACCCCCUCUGGGGAUCCAGCCAUUACAGAGAAGGACUCUCCAGGGGCGGGGGUGGCUGGAGUGGCAGCUGCCCCAAAGAGCAAGGAGAGGAAUGGUGGGGCGCGACUCGGCAUGGCUGGAGUCCCAGAGGACGGCGAUCAGACGGGCUGGUCUUCUCCGGCCAAGGCUGCAGCAGCCCUCCCAACCACUCACAACCACAAAGUGCCAGUCCUUAUCUCACCCACUCUGAAGCACACUCCUGCUGACGUGCAGCUCAUUGGCACAGACUCUCAGGGCAAUAAAUUCAAACUCUUAUCUGAGCAUCAGGUCACAUCCUCUGGAGACAAGGACCGACCCCGACGGGUAAAACCAAAGUGUGCCCCACCCCCACCCCCAGUGAUGAGACUACUGCAGCAUCCGUCCUUGUGCUCAGACCCCGCGGAAGAGCCGACCACCCCGACUGCAGGACAGCCCGCACUAGAAACACAGGACGGAGGGAAAAAGGCCGCUCCGGGGGCAGUACCUGGCGGUGGGAAAGCCGGGAGGCCAGUGAUGCCUCCGCCUCAAGUGCCUCUGCCCACAUCUUCCAUCUCGCCAGCCAAAAUGGCUAAUGGCACAGCAGGUACUAAAGUGGCCCUGAGAAAAACCAAACAGGCGGCUGAGAAAAUCUCAGCAGACAAAAUCAGCAAAGAGGCCCUGCUGGAAUGUGCUGACCUACUGUCCAGUGCCAUCACAGAACCUGUGCCCAACAGCCAGCUGGUGGACACUGGCCACCAGCUCCUUGACUACUGCUCAGGCUAUGUGGACUGCAUCUCUCAGACGCGCAACAAAUUUGCCUUCCGAGAGGCUGUGAGCAAACUGGAACUCAGCCUGCAGGAGCUGCAGGUGUCUUCGGCCGCUGCUGGGGUGCCCGGGGCCAACCCUGUCCUUAAUAACUUAUUGUCAUGUGUGCAGGAGAUCAGCGAUGUGGUGCAGAGGUAGCCACUGUGAGCCUCGUGGGAAGAUGCUCACAGUUCUGAGGGAGAGGGGGAGGGACUUGUUUUCCUGUGUUCUUGUUUUCAAAAAAUGAAAGACUGAUACUUGA